CGUGAGAUGUCGCACCGACCGGAAUAAAAGACGAAGACAAGACAAGAAAAAGAAAGAAGACAAGACAACGAAAGAGAGGAAAGAGGAAGGAGAAGAAUUGGCGAGAGAAGACACGGAACAGCUGCGAAUCCGGAGGAAAGUUUCCCAGCAAUGGUCUCUGAAAUUCCCGUCGUUGAUCUGGGACAACUUGGUUCCUCUGACGAGCCCUCGACAGCAGAAUGGGACAGAGUCGGCAGAGAGGUAUGCCAAGCCUUCAGUGGCAUCGGCUUCGUCUACCUGAAGAACCAUGGCCUUCCGAACGAAAUGGUCAAGGAAGUGAACGAAUCUUCGGGGAAAUUCUUUCAACUCGAAGAUAACACGAAAAGGAAAUACGAGAGAGGCGUUGUUGACAUCCAGGGCUACACGGCGAUCGGGAGAGAGAGGCUAAGCGAGGACCGAAGAGCGCAAGAAUUCCGAGAGAGCUACGACGUCAAGCGGCCGGACGGGAUGUUCCCCGAUGAAGAGGUCCCCAACAUGAGACCGAGUGUGGAGACCUUCAUGGCCGCGUGCAAGGGCCUCACCGAAAGGAUUCUGAAGGCGAUGGCCAUUGGUUUAGGCCAGGACCCAGCCUUCUUCGUGUCCAACCACCAGCAGAUGUGUAGCGACAACAACACGACUUGUCUUCGGAUCCUCUACUACCCGAGCCUGCAGGAGAACGUUCCUGAAGGUUCUAUUCGCUGCGCCUCUCACACGGACUACGGGACCUUCGCGUUGCUGUUUCAAGACGACGUCGGUGGGCUUCAGGUGAAGGACACGGCAGGACGGUGGAUCGACGCUGUCCCUGUCCCUGGCGCUGUCCUUGUGAAUGUCGGGGAUAUUUUGCAGUUCUGGACGUCGGGAAAACUCAGGGCUACGGAACACCGCGUCUUGAUUCCUCCUGAAGAAGUCAGACGAAGGAGUCCCCGACGAUCUGUGGUCUUCUUCGUCCAUCCCGACGACCCCGUGCUUAUUACACCUCUGGAUGGGUCUUCCGCCUACCAGCCAAUCACAGCCAAGGACCACACGGACCUCCGCUUCCGCCAGACUUAUGGAUAUUAAGGGGGGUUAAGGGGGUGAUUGUUUGAGGUCGUUGGCUAAGGGGUAGAGUGGAUAUUAAGGGGAU